UUUCCUUAGUUUAUUUUGUACAUGUAUGUUCGAUUAGAAUAUUUUAACAAAGCUUAUUUUGUAUUCAGAUGGAAGUGAUUCCGAUAACUCCGCAGAUGCUACGUACAAUCAUAAAAGAAUUACAAAAACGUCAAUUAUUUGUUAAAUUAAAAAAUUUAAGGGAUCAUAUACAGAGACAUUAUCCAGUUGAAACCGAUUUAGAAACUCUCGAGCAAGAAUUACAAGAAAAACUGAAGUAUGCUGUUUGCGUUGGAUUGAUCGCUAAAUAUGGAGAUGACCAAUAUUGUAUACCAACUUUACGAGAAGAGGCUAAUGCUGCUAAAACAGCGAUCAGUGCAUUCUGGGAAAUGUACAAAAACGUAAUACAAUACGUUCGAGUUCUUUUAUGUCAACUUUAUUUUUUAUGCAACAAAGUGCAGUUAACCAAUAAAGAUCUUUUUAUUAAUUUAGAAUUAUCAGUUGCUUAAUAAGAGAAAGAAAAAAUCAGAUAUCAAAA